UAACUUCAAAUAGCUAAUCUGUAAACAAACAAACAGUUUCCCCUUUGGAAGAGACUGGUAUGGAGUGACCACUGAGCCAUUUCCCACCCCAAAUGGUGCCAACAAUGACCCUUCUGGUCCAAAUGGCACAAGUGCCCAAAUGGGCAGAAAGGAAGGCUCCCAGCUUUCACCAGUAGACUUACGCAGUGUUUCCCUCUCCCAAGUAAAGUAAAAGUAGGCUGUUUGUGCCAAGCAGGAAAAGGUAGGAAGAAUCUCAUAAACAAAUGCUUUUGGCAGCUACUGGGAUGUGUCCCCCCAAAUCUCCCUCUUGGGACUGACAGGAUAUAAGCAAUGGGGUUCCCCAUUGGCCUACCCAAACACUCCUGGCCUUUCAGACAGGGGGUGGCUAGGAGAGGUAGGGAUAAGACACUCCUGGGCUGGUUUGCCAGAAAUCUGUUACUGCAUUCAGGUUUGGUUGCUGAGUUGUGGCCCAGCAGUCCAAUACUGAGAGACAAAUGUUGCAGAAAAGGAAAGAUAGCUUUAUUAAGAAAGCCAGCAGUCCUGGGGAGAAGGUGGACUUGUGUCCCAAAGAACCAGUUCCCAACUUUCCAGGUUUUGUUCAGAGAUCAUAUAGGGAAAAGAGAAAGGGCUGUGAGUUGGACGGGGGCAAUUUUCUGUUUUCAGAGAUGAUUGCCUUUGUCAUGGUUCCAUGACAAGUCUUAUUUGUGCUGGAACAUUAUCAAAGUCAUAAAUCUCUGGCUAGCUAAUCCUGAAAAGCAAGACACAAAGGGCAAAAACAAAACUAAUCUUCAAUCUUAACAAGCAUCACCAGCUUUUUCCAUUAGCAGCAAGGUAAGCUAAGUUAAUGGUGAUCUAGGGUAGAAGUCAGAUGUGGUAAGUAUAAAGUCAUAGUCAUAUCGUAAGUAAGAACUAGGGUUGGAGUAAUGCCAAGGAGCUGAGAGUCUCUAGUUAUAGUCUCACUGCUUCAGUUACAGAAAUACUUUAAUUAUUUCAAAAUUCCUCAAGGUAACAUGGAAUGAGUCCAACUACUCUUAGUUAAAAGUGAAUUUCAUGGUUUGCAAAGUGAUAGAACUAAUCCAAGAUGCCCCAGUGCUCUGUUUACAAAAUUCUAUUCCAGGAAUCUUUUGCCCAUCCUGUUACUAAUAAUGAAAAAGGAAGGAAAGAUAUAAUCAUCUAGAAUAAAGUGAGAAAUAUACUUUAAAAAUUUUAUUGAAUAUAUAUUUACAGUGUUUUUUUAAAGUUCCUAUUUUUUAUAAGCAUUGUUUUCACUCUUUAAAAUGAAAUUCCUUCUUUCCUUCUUUCCCUUUCUUCCUCUUUUUUCCUCUUCUUCUCUUCUUCCUUUGGGAGGUCUUUUUGGGGUGAUGAAAAUGUUCUGCCUAAGUGUAAUUAGAUUAUGUGAUGGUUGCACAAUUUUGUAAAUAUUCUAAAAACCAUUGAAUUGUGUAUUUAAAUGAGCGAACUCUAUGGUAUGUAAAUUAUAUAUCAAGUAAACUGUUUUUACAAAGUGAAAUGCCAGAGGUUAACUAAGGUGACGGGACUGGAGUGAGUAAAGUACAAAGACACUAGGUCUUUUCUCAGAUUGAUUACAGCAAAUCACAAGGCUAGCCACUCCGUUUCAGAACUCAAUUGGAUAUAGAGUGUGAUUGAACUGAACAUCUAUUUGGCUGAUCCUCAUCAUGAACCGUGCUUUUAGCCGGAAGAAAGACAAAACAUGGAUGCAUACACCUGAAGCUUUAUCAAAACAUUACAUUCCCUAUAAUGCAAAGUUUCUUGGAAGCACAGAAGUGGAGCAGCCCAAAGGAACAGAAGUUGUGAGAGAUGCUGUAAGGAAACUAAAGUUUGCAAGACAUAUCAAGAAAUCUGAAGGCCAGAAAAUUCCUAAAGUUGAGUUGCAAAUAUCAAUUUAUGGAGUAAAAAUUUUAGAACCCAAAACAAAGGAAGUUCAACACAAUUGCCAGCUUCACAGAAUAUCAUUUUGUGCAGAUGAUAAAACUGACAAGAGAAUAUUCACUUUCAUAUGCAAAGAUUCUGAGUCAAAUAAACAUUUGUGCUAUGUAUUUGACAGUGAAAAGUGUGCUGAAGAGAUAACGUUAACAAUUGGCCAAGCGUUUGACCUGGCAUACAGGAAAUUUCUAGAAUCUGGAGGAAAAGAUGUUGAAACAAGAAAGCAGAUUGCAGGGUUACAGAAAAGAAACUUAGUGUUCUCAUGUGACUUUGCUUCACUUCCUGAUGCUUCUCAUGGGGAUCAGAGCAGCAGAAGCAGCAGAUGCUGGAUUCAAGACUUAGAAACAGAAAAUAUGGAACUUAAAAACAAAGUACAAGAUUUGGAAAACCAGUUAAGAAUAACCCAAGUAUCAGCAUCUCCACUGCUGCACAAAAUGUCUGAUCAUGAACAACAUGGGUUUCAGAGAUGCUCACCCUCUUUCUGGCAUAAUACUGAUGGUUCAUCUCCCUGUCUAAAUAUUUCUUCCAUUACUGUCACUCCUGUCAACUCGCCUGAUUCCAGACUAUCAUUGGGACUGUUAAUACCAUCACCUUCUAAAUGUGGCCUUCCAAAGCCAGUCAGUGAGAGCAGCAUCCCAAGACCUCAUGCAGGCAGUGUGACACCUAAGUCACCCUCCACUGACAUCUUUGACAUGAUUCCGUUCUCUGCACUGUCACACCAGUCUUCAAUACCUACUCGCAACGGCACACAGCCUCCUCCAGUACCUAGUAGAUCUACCGAGAUUAAACGAGACCUGUUUGGAGCAGAACCUUUUGACCCAUUUAACUGUGGAGCAGGGGAUUUCCCUCCAGAUAUUCAAUCAAAAUUAGAUGAGAUGCAGGAGGGGUUCAAAAUGGGACUAACUCUUGAAGGCACAGUAUUUUGUCUCGACCCAUUAGACAGUAGGUGCUGAUGUCAAGAAGAAGAGGUCCUGAAUGUGUUAAAUUUGUUUUGUAUACAUAUGUAUCAUUCAUCAUUUACUUACGACAGGUAUUAUACAUGUGCCAAUAUAUUUUUGAAUAUCUUAACUUUUUGAUGAUUAUUUCAGUAAAAUUUCCCAACAUCCACUGUAGAUCUGUAAUAUUUUGUUUGAAAAACAACCACUGUAAAGUAGGUCAUACUUUUAUGUUCCUUUCUGUUUCUGUUUGUAAAAUUUAUAAUUGAAAGACAAAUUAUCCAAAUAUCUGCCUUGUCUGAGUUCUAAAUAAUUAGUUUUUUCGAAUUUCUGCCCACACUGCAGGCUACUAAUUUAUUACUGAUUUCCCAAAAGCCAUACCUUAAUAAUGUGUUUGAAAGUCCUAAAGAGAUACACCAAUGCCAGACUAAAUAGGUUCUGUAUUCAAACCAAGAAACAUGUUAUCACUCAUGAGACAGAUGGCAUUUUAUGUAUGAAAUGUUGUUCAUAUUAUUGGGAAAAUGUAAACUUUGAAUAUAAUAUCACCAGGUUAUUUUUAGCAGGUAAGAUAACAAAAAUAUAAAUUCCAAUAUUAAUUACACCAAAUGUAUUUAGAGUAUUUAUUAGUAAAGUCAAGGUAAUAAUUUUAGUUAUUAUUAUCAAUUAUACUCUAAAUAUUUUAUUUAUUUCGUCAAUAAAGAUUUGUGGAAAAAACAAAAACUUGCUAUUUACACUUAAAAUUUAAUUUCUAAUGAGGUAAGUUACAUUACCAGACAGAUGUUUACUGAACAUCAUCUGAUCUGAUGUUUUCUAAAAAAUGUUUGGAAUAUAUGCUAUUGUUUCAGUAUCUAUUGCCCAUAUUUACUUUACCAAAUAUAUUUUUUCUCACUGAAUAAGACUGUCCUUCUUAUAUUUUUCUCCUUUAAAAAGAUAUUUUCUCACCAAAGUUUAUUUUGUGAUGGCACAUUUGUUUUGAUACUUUAAAAAAUCUAUGGCACCUCUACUUAUGAAUUGUCAAUGUUAUUUAGCAAAUUUAAUUUGUAUUUGAUUUGUUAAAGUCAGAAUGUCAUAUUUCACAAAAAUCAAAUUACUGCUCAGUUUGGUUUUAAUAUGAACAAUAACAUUUUCUUGUACCUGAUUCUUGACAUGCUGAUGAACUCUGACUUUUAAAAAUGUUUCUUUCCUAUGCCUUUGCCAGUUACGUAACAGAUUCUAAUUUGUCCUCAGUGCAGCAAAAAUUUAUGGUCAAAUUUAUAAUUUGGUUCAUCACAUUAUAAGAAAAAUAAAUUAAUGAACCUGUGAGCUUAGAUUGAGGGUAGAUCUCAAAAAUUUUCUUUUCUUUUAGUCAUGGGGAUUUACUUUAAGUGCUAAAGGUAUAUUUUCACUAGGAAAAGAGAUCAAAUAUGCUUAUGCAAUAUUAUAUUUGUAUGUAUCUUCAUAAUGUUCUAUGGUAUAUAUAAGCCUUCUUGUUUGUUUUCUGUUAUUUGCUAAGUUGUACCUUAACUAGAGGUAGUAUAUGUUUCAUAAAGAGGAGUCUUUUUAAUUUUGUUUGUCAUAUAGUAUUUUGGAAUUUGUAUAAUGAGAAUGUUUAGAAGCCAUAUCAAUGGCUUUUUUUAACAGAUAGAAUUUGUAUUUUUAUUGUACUUUAAAAAGCUUUAUGUAAUAGGUAUAUAUUUAGUGGCAAUUUAUUAUCAAUGGUAACACAAUAGAGUACUUUGCACAUUUAAGGUAUGUUCCUUUACCAAUUUUUAAUGGUAAUCAAUUCUGCUACUGGCAUGAUUAAACAGUACAUAAUUGGUCAUUAAUUAUGAACAUUUAUUUCACCAGUGCAUUUUUAUGAAGAUCCAGUUGAAAAUUGUAUUUCUAUGUAAACUCAGUGAUAUGUUUGAUUUUGCUGAGAAUAAAUAAUUUUAAAUAAA